GAGCAUGUCUCAGACUCAGCUAUAUAACUGAAAGUAUAAAGCUAACUCUGUCUCACUUUCAGAGGCCAUGGAAUGGUUCAGAUGCCCCAUCUCCUUUUCUGCAUUUUUAUUCCCCCUCUUUUUCUUUUUCUUUUUCUUUCUCAGUUCCUUCAUCUUUUUAUCUCCCUUCGACCAACAAAACCAUCUUCCCUUUUUACUUUCCACUAUCAAAGACGACAAUAACACUAAUAUAACAUCCCCACCGUUGCACCCACUUGAGCUUUUCCCUCAAUUAACCCCUGCAAACCACACUUACAUGCACAAUACCACCCUUCACAGUGGUGUUAUUAAGAAAUUGGCUAGUUUGGAGAAAAUAGAAGAAGGUUUAGCACAAGCACGUGCCUCAAUUCAGGAAUCUAUCCGAACAAGGAACUAUACUUCACCAAAUACAGAAACUUUUGUCCCCAAAGGUUCCAUUUAUCGGAAUCCCCAUGCUUUUCACCAGAGCCACAUAGAGAUGGUGAAGAGAUUGAAGAUAUGGGUAUACGAGGAAGGGGAGCAUCCAUUGGUGCACGAUGGGCCAGUAAACGACAUAUAUGCGAUUGAAGGUCAAUUUAUGGACGAAAUGGACAAUAAUGAUAAGUGGAGCCAAUUCAGGGCAAGAGAUCCUCAUGAGGCACACCUUUUUUUCCUUCCCUUCACCAUUGCCAAUGUGGUUCACUAUGUUUACAAACCUAUCCUCAACCAUUCUGACUAUGCACCUCUCCGUUUGCAACGCUUGGUUCAAGACUAUAUUGCUGUUAUUCAACAUAAGUAUCCCUAUUGGAACACAAGCAAAGGUGCUGAUCAUUUUUUGCUUUCGUGUCAUGAUUGGGCUCCAAAAGUUUCGACCGGCAACCCCGAACUCUUCCAAAGUUUUAUUAGGGCACUUUGCAAUGCUAACACCUCCGAAGGAUUCAAUCCAAAUAGAGAUGUGUCUAUUCCAGAAGUGUACUUGCCUGUUGGAAAGUUAGGCCCUCCUAGUCUAGGCCAACACCCAAACAAACGCACUAUAUUGGCAUUUUUUGCGGGUGGAAUCCAUGGUGAAAUUCGAAAAUUCCUUCUUAAACAUUGGAAGCAUAAAGACAAUGAUGUUCAAGUUCAUGAGUAUCUUCCAAAGGGUCAAAACUACACAAAACUAAUGGGACAAAGCAAGUUUUGCUUGUGCCCUAGUGGGCACGAAGUUGCAAGUCCUAGAGUGGUGGAAGCAAUUCAUGCAGGCUGUGUGCCCGUCAUAAUUUGUCAUAAUUAUUCUUUACCCUUUAGUGAUGUGCUGAAUUGGAGUAAAUUCUCGGUGGAGAUUUCAGUGGAGAAAAUACCGGAAAUCAAAGGUAUAUUACAAAGUAUUUCAAGGAAUAAGUACUUGAGAUUACACAUGAAUGUGUUAAGAGUUAAGAGACAUUUUAUGAUUAAUAGGCCAGCAAAACCAUUCGACAUGAUGCAUAUGAUUCUUCACUCAAUUUGGCUGAGAAGGCUAAACAUUAAGUUGAUUGCUUGAUAAUCAAAAACCAUUUCCAUACUUUACACUUUCAAUUUCUACAAGUGAAUUUAAGCUACCUUGACUUCUUUGUAAUUAGUAAUUACCUGAUCAAAAUAGAAAUAUAUUACAUCCUAGUUAUCUUAUAUAUAUUGUAUAGAAUUAAGGUU